GGUUUGAGUGGGUUGUCUGCAAUAUGAGAUCUACAGUUGGACUGGUAUUGCUCCUCUUUGUUUCUCAAGGUGUGAGUAAGCAUUGUGAUGGCAGAAAAGAAGGGGCUCAGUGUUAUGGACAACUGGAUGGAGGAAUAGAAAUUAAAUUGAUGGACAUAGUCCCAAACAAUUUUAACUGGUAUGGAGAAAAACAAGUCUAUUAUAGAUGGAGGAAUGGUCGUGCGUCGAAUCGUUUUGCACGUUUUUCAAGAGUUAGCUUCACCCCAAGCAAGGGGACGAUAAAGAUGGUAAACCUGACGAGCACUGAUAGUGGGAUAUAUACUCUAAAAAUGUUUGACGACGAGGGACUUUCAAUUAGGGAACGGACAAUGCAGCUCUUCAUUGAAGCUCCUGUUGCCACCAUCCAUCUGGUCUCCAAGAUUCUGUCCAACGGAGAGCAGCUGGUGUAUUGUUCCUCCAAAAGAGGGGACAACCUUCAAUACAGGUGGAGUCUGAACCGAAAACCAUUGCAGGACACGGAUUUAAGUCAUGGAGAUGUUCAGGCAAGCAACAUCACUCUGAAACGACACAUCUCAGGACAGCUAGUCUGCUAUGUUCGAAAUAAUGUCAGUGAAAACCAGGAAGGAGUUUUUCUGUGUUGUGGUGAGUAAGAACACAUUGGUCUUAGAAUUAUGGUGAUGGUAAAUACAGUGUGUUAUUUGUUGUUGAAGUCCAUCCAUCCAUGCAUUCAUAUACAAAAAAAAAAUGUUUUGAAAUUACUCCUCCUGGAGUCAUCACCUUAUCGUGGUGGAGGGGUUUGCGUGUCCCAAUGAUCCUUGGAGCUAUGUUGUCUGGGGGCUUUAAGCCCCUGGCAGGGUCACCCAUGGCAAACAGGUCCUAGGUGAGGGGCCAGACAAAGCAUGGCUCACAAGACCCCUUAUGAUGCAGAACAUUAUAGGAUUCAAGUUUCCCUUACCCAGACGCGGGUUCCCGGGGUCUCCCUCUGGAGCCAGGCCUGGGGGUGGGGCUCGAAGGCGAGCGUCUGGUGGCCGGGCCUUUUCCCAUGGGGACCGGCCGGGCACAGCCCGAAAAGGCAACGUGGGUCCGCCUUCCCCAUAGACUCACCACCUGUGGGAAGGGCCAAAGGGGUCGGGUGCGUAGCGUUUUGGGCGGCAGCCAAAGGCGGGGGUCUUGGCGGUCCGACCCCCAGCUACAGAAGCUAACUCUUGGGACAUGGAAUGUCACCUCUCUGGCGGGGAAGGAGCCCGAGCUGGUGUGUGAGGCAGAGAAGAGCCAACUAGAUAUAGUUGGACUCUCCUCCACACACAGUUUGGGUUCUGGUACCAGUCCUCUCGAGAGGGGUUGGACCCUCUUCCACUCUGGAGUUGCCCACGGUGAGAGGCGCCAAGCAGGUGUGGGCAUACUUAUUGCCCCCCGGCUUGGUGCCUGUGCGCUGGGGUUUACCCCAGUAUACGAGAGGGUAGCCUCCCUCUGCCUUCAGGUGGGGGGACGGGUCCUGACUUGUUUGUGCUUAUGCACCAAACAGCAGUUUGGAGUACCCACCCUUUUUUGAGUCCUUGGAGGGUGUGCUGGAGAGCGCCCCCUCUGGGGACUCCCUCGUUCUGCUGGGGGACUUCAACACUCAUGUGGGUAAUGGCAGUGAGACCUGGAGAGGCGUGAUUGGGAGGAACGGCCCACCCGCUCAGAACCCGAGCGGUGUUCUGUUGUUGGACUUCUGUGCUCGUCAUGGAUUGUCCAUAACCAUGUUCAAACAUAAGGGUGUCCAUAUGUGCACUUGGCACCAGGACACUCUAGGCUACAGUUCGAUGAUCGACUUUGUAAUCGUUUCAUCGGACUUGCGGCCGCAUGUUUUGGACACUCGGGUGAAGAGAGGGGCAGAGCUGUCAACUGAUCACCACCUGGUAGUGUGUUGGCUCCGAUGGCGGGGGAAGAUGCUGGUCAGACCUGGCAGGCCUAAACGUAUUGUGAGGGUCUGCUGGGAACGUCUGGCAGAAUCCCCUGUCAGAAAGAGCUUCAACACCCACUUCCGGCAGACCUUCUCCCUUGUACCGGGGGAGGUGGGGCACAUUGAGUCCGAGUGGACCAUGUUUUGCACCUCCAUUGUUAAGGUGGCCGAUCGGAGCUGUGGCCGUAUGGUGGUUGGUGCCUGUCAUGGCGGCAAUCCCCGGUCGGAUGCCGUCAAGCUGAAGAAGGAGGCCUACCGGGCCUUUUUGGCCUGUGGGACUCUGGAGGCAUCUGACAGGCACCGGCUGGCCAAGCGGACUGCAGCUACGGCGAUCGCGGAGGCAAAAACUCGGACAUGGAAGGAAUUUGGCGAGGCCAUGGAAAACGACUUCCGGACGGCUUCGAGGAAAUUGUGGUCCACCAUCCGGUGUCUGCAGAGAGGAAAGCAGUGCACCAUUAACACUGUAUAUAGUGAAGAUGGGGUACUGCUGACCUCGACUCGGGACGUCGUGAGUCGAUGGGGAGAAUACUUCGAAGACCUCCUCAAUUCCACCGACACGCCUUCCUUUGAGGAAGCAGGGUCUGGGGACUCCGAGGUGGGCUCUCCGACCUCUGGGGUUGAAGUCACUGAGGUGGUUGGAAAGCUCCUCGGUGGCAAGGCCCCGUGGUCGAUGAGAUCCGCCCGGUGCUGGGGUCAGUGCUGGGGUCUUGACAACUUAGUCUGUUUGUGUAGUGUCAGGUUAGAGAACAAGUAGCAGUCAAAUGUUAGCAAACUAACAUUAAUUGUUAAUUCUACAUUUUUACUACAUGCUAUCAAAUAUUAUUAUUAUUAUUAUUAUUAUUAUUUUUUUUUUAACAAAUCGACCAUUAACUUUGCUUUGAGCUAAAAUAGGUGUCCUAGGGUGACUGUCUAGCCAUUCAGUUGUUUAUGUGACGAAGGAGGCUUAUCCACAGCAUGCAUUUGGCGAGCCUUGUUUUCAGCUUUGAAAAAGGCACUAAAAAAAUUCCACCCCCCAAUCUUUCAGGGUACAUGUUGUCUGAAUUACAUGAGGUACCCCAUGCACAGCAUUAAACAAUCGUGUUUUUGCUAUUUUAAAGUUAGAAAAAAGAUGCUUUAAGUCACGACCAGACAGUAUUCCUAAGCAACUCUACGGCUAGGUGCGACGUUUUGUGAUUUGGGGGCGUGGUUUUGCCAUAGGUCCAUUUGAAGUGGUCAUUCAACCUUCCACACAGGUUAGCGUGCAUUUGGCGAGCCUUCUUUUCGGCUUUGAAAAAAGGCACACAAAAAUAAAUUCUUCCCCCUAAUCUUUCAGGGUAAAGGUACCCCGGGCACAGCAUUAACCAUCAGGUUUUUGCUAUUUUAAAGUUAGAAAAAAGAUGUUUUUAGUCAUGGCCACAUAGUAUUCGUAUGCAACUCCACGGCUGGGUGUCCAACUUUUGUGAUCUGGGGGCGUGGUUUUGUGAUAGGUCCAUUAGCUUACAAAAAUUUUGCUGACUUGGUGUGAAAGCCUGAGUUAUACUCCCACGUUGCGGUGACGGCGCAGUGACUACGGCGUCAUUUGACAUUUGAUGGUUAUCCGUCCAGGUGACGCAUUGCACUGCCAAGCCAAUAGAGGGGUGUAGCGUUAUGUUUGUACGGUUUUGGGGCAUGCUUGUUGACUUCCUCUUGUCUAGUUUAACGGAGAAAAAUAUAAACAAUGCAAGAUGGAAUGCUUGAAUUUAGAUCUUCAGCUCAUCAACAUUGAAUAAAUGUUGAUCAUACAAAUGUUGAGGCGUAGGCGACGCAGAAGGCGGUCUGUCCAACUUUUGAUGCCGCAUAGAGGGUUCUAGCCUCGGGUGGAAACCAGUUAGCUGUAGCGGCUAGCUUCAAACUGGUGUCGGGCACUGCGUCCAGCGUUUUGUCCGAGGUCUACAAAGCUCUCCAGCCCAAUUUGUUUGCCGUGUCCUACAAACAGCCAGUGGGAAGCCAUAGAAGAUUUCUGGCAUCUAUGGAAUUUCCCAAACUGUGUUGGAAGCCUUGAAUUUAACGUUAUCAUAAAAGCACUGAGGCACUCUCAAUCAGUGAUGAUGUA